GCGGGAGACCGUAGAACUAGAGAACGUCGAAAUAUGACGUAGAUCGAUCGUAGUGUCCCGUGUGUUUUCGACUUUCAAACUAUUACGAAUAAUUCGAAUAAGCGGAGCUAAAAUAGAAAGCUGAGAAUUGAACGUUAAACGUUUUAACGUUUAAGGAAAGUGACGAUUUGCUUGGCGAUAAAAUAAAACAUGAAUUACAAGCAAUCAGGUGCACGCCGUGGUAAGCCAAAGAGAUUAUUAGAUCCGUCGGCUGGUCUAUCAACGCUCCCUAUUCCAACGGUACAAAACACGUAUAUGUACAAUCAGCAGGUACCUGUAAACAACGGCUUAUCACCGGAAUAUAUUUUCAAUAUCCAAGAACAAGAUCCGUCAUCCCCUCACGGAUUUAAUCAGUCGUCGAUGCAGCAAUAUGUACGUAACGAGGGCAAUGCCGAGAGCUAUUCCAGUUCCCAGUUUGCGGCUCAAAUAUUGUCGCAGCCGGUCGUUACCAAUAUGGCCGUACAAUAUGGAAAUGCAUUGGUAGGCUCGGGAAGGCAACAGUUUGAAAAAUAUGUGCCAGUUAGAGCAUUAAAGUAUUACUUCGCCGUGGAUACUAAUUACGUCUUUGGAAAGCUAGCAAUUUUGUUCUUCCCGUUCACUCAUAAAGACUGGACUGUUAAGUACGAACAGGAUGUGCCCAUGCAACCACGUUACGAAAAGAAUGCUCCAGACAUGUAUAUCCCGAUGAUGUCGUUUUUAACAUACGUAGUACUAGCUGGCUUGGUUUUAGGUGCGCAAGAACGUUUCAACCCUGAACAACUUAGUAUAUUAGCCAGUUCUGUAUUGGCCUGGGGUAUAAUAGAACUAAUAGUCCAUACUGUCAGUUUGUACAUAAUGAAUAUCGAAACGAGCCUGGCCACGUUGGAUCUUUUGGCCUACUGCGGAUAUAAAUAUGUUGGUAUAAAUGCAGCAUUGUUAAGCUCAUUACCAUUUAGAAAAUUUGGCUAUUAUGCGGCAUUGUUAUAUUUUAGUGCGACAUUAGCAUUUUUUCUCAUGAGAUCUUUAAAGCUAAGAGUUAUUCCGCAGGGUCAGAUAUCGUACACAGCCAACGGCAAUAGAAGAAGACUUUACUUUAUAUUUUUUGUAGCGAUUAUUCAACCCUUACUGAUGUGGUGGCUCUCUUAUCAUUUAAUAUAAAUAAAUGAAAAAUAAAAAUAAAA